AUGGGAUAUCUUCAACUUCGCAGUGAAAAUGCCUACCAGCAGGCGAAGACCAAGCUCAUGGACAGGUAUGGAAAUGAGUUUGUGAAGGCAUCAACACUCAAGAACAGAAUCCGUAGCUGGCCUGCCAUAAGAAGCGGAGAUGGAAAGGGGCUAAGGGAGUUUGCUGACUUCCUGGAGCAGUGCCAAGCUGCGUCAAGUGCAGCUGGCCACCUGCGAGUGCUGGAUGACCAGCACGAGAACAGCAUCAUGCUGAAGAAGCUACCAAAGCCUCUUGUUGACCGCUGGAGAAGGUAUGUAGACCAGAGGCUCUACGAGCCAGCUGGAGUUGACAAGUGCAAGGUGUUCCUCAGGAUGAAGCUGAAGGAGCGACAAGCAGCUGUCAUGAGGCAUGGUCUGUGCCGAGGAUGCCUGAAGCGGGGUCACAUCUGGCGAUCCUGUCAGAAGAAGCAGAACUGUGAGACCUGCGGAAGAAGGCACCCAACCGCUCUACAUGAUGAGACCUUCACCGCUCCAACCUCAGUCGGACAGGACAAGCAGCAAGGAACAAGGAGACAAGCUGGAUGCGAAGCAGAGAUCGGACUGCUCAUCGGGGCAAACUGCCCCAAGGCAGUGAAGCCAAGAGAUGUUGUCACUGGAGAAGAUGAUGACCCCUGGGCUGUGAGAAGUGCUCUGGGAUGGGGCAUUGUCGGCCCGGUGUCUGACUCCAGGACAAGCAUGACUGCCUGCCAGUACGUGGACGCUGGUAGUGGCGAGCGAAGGCUGUGUCACUUCGCUUUCAGAACUGCUGCCCGAGAGAUGACGCCUAUGCAAGUGGCUCAGCUGUUCGAGCAAGACUUCAAAGAUACCAAGAUGGACAAACCGCAGUCUGUGGAGGACAGAUUGUUUCUCAAGAAGAUGACGGAAGGAACUCGUCAGAGGGAAGAUGGGCAUUUCGAGAUGCCUCUCCCCCUGAAAGAAGAUGUGAGACUGCCCAACAACAAGGCCGUUGCCAUGCAGCGCCUGAAAGGACUCAAAUCGAAGUUGGUCCGGAACGAAGCCUUCAGACGUGACUACACGACCUUCAUGGAGGCUACCGUGGCCAACGGACAUGCAGAGAAGGUCCCAGAAGGUCAGCUGCGGCUGGACAAUGGAAGGGUCUGGUACCUGCCGCACCACGGGGUGUACCACCCCAAGAAACCCGGUAAAAUUCGCGUCGUAUUUGACUGCAGCGCGGAAUUCGGUGGGCAGGUCCUGAACAACCAUCUUCUCCAGGGACCAGACAUGACUAACAGUCUAACCGGCAUACUCUGUCGGUUUCGAAAGAACCAGGUAGCCGUGACAUGCGACAUACAAGGUAUGUUCAACCAGGUGGGAGUAGACACAAGAGAUCGGGACUUUCUGAGGUUCAUGUGGUGGGAGAACGGAGAUCUGAAACAGGCACCACAGGAGUACCGAAUGACUACCCACCUGUUUGGAGCAAGGUCAUCACCCGCGUGCGUCAUGUUCGCGCUCAGGAAGACUGCUGACAUUGAAGAUGAAGCCAUCGACCUGAUCGACUCAACUCGGAAAAUGUGUACCCGUGGCGGGUUCACCCUCCACAAGCUGCUCUCCAACAGCGUGAAGGUGCUGGAGUCGGUGUCACCCGAGAGCCGCUGCUCAGAGCUGCAGAGUCUCGAUGUUGGCACGGUGUGUCUGCCAGUCCAGCGAGCUCUGGGUGUCGAGUGGGACACCGAGACAGAUGUUCUGCAGUUCAGUGUACAACCCUGCAAGAAGCCAUCGACGAGAAGGGGGAUCUUGUCCACAGUAAGCUCAGUGUUCGAUCCCCUAGGCUUUGUCUCGCCUUUCAUCCUCAGGGGUAAGCAGAUCGUGAAGGAGCUCUGCCGCGACGGUUUCGGUUGGGACGAUCCCGUUCCAGAUGAUAUCCUGACGCGCUGGGGCGACUGGACUUCUCAGCUCGAGGCACUGUCGUCACUGCGCAUCCCAAGGUGCUACAGGACGAGCGACUUCGGCCUCGUGAAGCGGACAGAGUUACAUCACUUCUCAGACGCCUGUACGCACGGCUAUGGGCAGUGCAGCUACCUGCGUCUCAUUGAUGAGCAGGAUCGGGUCUGCUGCAGGCUCGUGAUGAGCAAGGCCCGAGUCACUCCCUCGAAACCCGUGACGGUGCCCAGACUCGAGCUCACUGCUGCCCUGACCUCGGUCCAGGUGAGCUGCUUUCUCCGAGAAGAGCUGGACAUCGAGGACCUGGCAGAGUACUUCUGGACAGACAGCCGAGUGGUCCUCGGCUACAUCUCGAACGACGCCAGAAGGUUCCAUGUCUUUGUAGGGAACCGAGUGCAGCAGAUCAGGGAUCACACCGAAAAGGACCAGUGGCUGCACGUGGAGACAAAGUUGAACCCAGCUGAUCUGGCCUCCAGGGGCGCGAGUGCUGCAGAGUUGGAGAGCAGUGAUCUGUGGUGGAAUGGACCUCCGUUUCUCAGAAGCACCGACCCGCUGCCGGGACGAGAUCUUGACACGACUCUGGACCAGAAAGAUCCUGAGGUGAGACGCGCGGCUCAGACUGCCGUGACACUUCAGACGACCACGUCAGAGACGGUUCGCUUUGCAAGUUUGACGGAAAGGCUUGAACGCUUUUCAGACUGGCACCGAGCCAAGAGAGCAGUCGCACUCUGCCUCAGAUACAAGGACGCACUCCUGGGGCGGCGUUCGUCACCUGACCGCCCGUUGACUGUGACAGAACUCGAAGAAGCCGAAACUGUGAUAGUACGAGCUGUGCAGGAAGAAACGUUUACAGAGGAGCUGAGGACGCUGAGUUCGAAGAUGACGGCGUCAGAGCAGGGUGAAACAGCUACAAAGGCCAUCAAGAAAACAAGCAAACUGCACAGAUUGGACCCCUACGUCAAUGAAAAUGGAGUGAUCUACGUCGGCGGCAGAAUCAGGAGAGCGGACCUGCCGGCGAGUCAGCUACACCCGAUGGUACUCCCACGAGCAGGUCACGUUACCCGCCUCGUCAUUGACCACUGCCACAAGAGAGCUCAUCACCCCGGACGAGGAAUGACGAUCGCCGAAAUCCGCUCAGCAGGAUUCUGGAUCGUUGGCGUCAGAGGCGCCGUGUCCCGUCACAUUCUGCACUGUGUGAUGUGUAAGAGAAUCCGCGGCACCUUUCAGGGACAGAAGAUGUCCGACCUGCCUGAGGAGCGUCUAGUGCCGUCUGAGCCAUUCACUUACAGCGGCGUGGACCUCUUCGGUCCGUUCUAUGUGAAGGAACGGCGCAGUGAACUGAAGAGGUGGGGAGUCAUGUUCACCUGCCUCGCUUCAAGAGCGGUACACAUCGAGACGGUGAACUCUCUCUCCACAGAUUCGUUUCUGAACGCUUUCAGAAGGUUUGUUGGACGACGAGGCCCUGUAAGGACUCUACGCUGUGACAGAGGAACGAACUUUGUCGGAGGGAAAGCAGCUAUGGAAGCCGCUUUGGACGAAAUGGACGCGGGAGAGAUUCAGCGAGAACUGCUGAAGAACAACUGUGACUGGGUCGACUUCCAGAUGAAUGCUCCCUGUGCUAGCCACAUGGGCGGCAUCUGGGAACGUAUGAUCCGCUCCGCUCGAGCAGCGUUGGACGCUGUGUUGAAAACCCACGCCGAGCAGAUGGACGACGAAGUGCUGCGGACAGUGAUGGUGGAAGUGGAGGCGCGAUGGCGCAGGGUUCAGUAUUUGACUAACCUCUUCUGGAGCAGAUGGAUGGCAGAGGUACUGCCGACGCUACAAGAACGCCGGCGCUGGACGAGGGAGCAGCGCGGGGUGGAACCUGGCGAUGUCGUCCUCAUGGCUGAACCCGACUCGCCGCGUAGCGGCUGGCCCCUGGCGAGGGUUCUGCAGUCGCUCCCCAGCAGAGACGGACUGGUCAGGAAGGUUCGGAUCGUGUCCGGCGGGAGAGAGCUGGAGAGACCCGUACACCAGCUGGUGAUGCUCGUACGACAGACGGCGGCGAACGGCGAGCACAGCCAGCCGCCCGCUCGCCGAACGGAAAAGUGA